AUGACCACUACGGAGCCCCCUGCUGCUCAGAGCUCCGAGCUGGCUUGGGUCCUCAAUAUGGCCAUGGUUGAAACGACCACGGUGCAGUUAAUUCUGCAAGAAUGUCUACAGCGGCUUGAAGCACCCAGCAAGCUCGCAGUGACAUCGUCCAAGUCAGAAUCUCAUGCCGAUGUCUUCCCGCUGGACGGCCCACCUCCAACGCAUUUCCCUCCUCAAUCGAUGAAAGGAACGCUCACAAGAAAGGGAUGCGAUGUAAAUAUCAGUGUUAGCGCCCACCUGACAUGGCUCAACCACCCAUUGAAAGUAAAUUGCCAAGCUCCUCUUGUCGAGUUAUCCAUGGUCACCUCUACGCUUUCCCGAGUUGAGCGGUUGCUAGCACCAUUUACUACUUUACCGCCGGUCCAUGAGUUUCUGGAUGCUGUUUCGGAGGCACAAAAGUUCUUGACAAGCGUAUACGGGGUGUUGGAUGGCUCGUGGCACCAGGCUCGGUCUCAUUUGUGCACUACGGUGCCUAUAGAGGACGCACCAGGCACUGCGGUUGAAAUAAGCAUUGCACAAGAAGCAAUUGUCGUUCGUUUUUCCGCCUACGAGUCGAUGGGGCCUCUCAAAAAGCUUGUACACCAGGAGUCGGAGCGCUCCCCUGAUCCUGUUCUGAUGGCUGUUUCCGCAAAAGUGAAGUGGGCAUUGAACGAGUUACGACACAUUGAGCACAAGGUCAGUACGUGCCUGAAUGCCCAGCAUAGCCGGCCGUAG